UGGGCAAACAUUCAAUUAUUUUCGACUCACUCACGGUACAAAAAAUAAAAUGUCAAAAUCAUAAAUAAAGCAAGCAAACAACAUAACCUAAAAAUUCAAAUAAAAUUUUGGGUUGUUUGUAGAAGCAAAAAUCUAAAAAUAUCUCGCAAGCGUUGAACAAUGUCUAUAUCAGAUAUUAAACAUUCCUUGAGGAAAUAUGAAUUUCCAGCUUGUGCAAAGGAAGCUCUAUGCAGAAUUGAACAAAUUCUUAUUGGACGUAUAAGUCCAUCAAGCAAGCAGCUUGAUGUUGCCAUGGACAUAAUAUCAGAGUUCAUGUUUUGCGAGACGGACCGCCGCGGCGGGCGGCGGGGCGCUGGCCUGAGCCCUCUGCAGCAGCUGCAACUCAUCGAUAUCAUCUGUGACUACCUUUCUGCCUGCACUAACGAGACAACUAAGAAUACAGUUUUUCUGUCUUUGUUUGGAGGCGUGGAGGGGCAGAGAAGGCUUAAAAUUCUGAGUAUCUUGGCGAGUAUGGCUGUGUCUGCUUCUAGCACUCCUGUACUACUAGCAGUAGGUGUUUGGCUUCAACAAACGGGGUGUUCCUCACCACAGUCGCUCCAACUGGUGGAAAAUAUCAUCCGUGACCACUUCUUCCUCAACACUUCCAAUCAGAGCUCCUUGAAGUCCCUUGCCAACUCAGCUCCGCAGUUCGUGUCAAACUUCAUCACAGCUGUUACAGAGCUGUACAAGCUGGACAUGCAAGAAACCAAGAAGUUGCCACCAAAGAAUCUCUUAGAAAUUAUAACAGCUUGGGUGCACGGCAGCCCGGGGCUGUGCAUGUCCGCGUUGCAGGCGGCGCCGCUGCCGGCCGGCGCCAUCCCCAUGGCGGCCGUGGCGCCGCUGGCCGGCUUGCUGCGCUGGACCACGCUCGCGCCGCUGGUCUGCACUGAUGUAGAAAUGGUGGAAGUGACAGUUCCUAUGAAGCGGAUAAAGCUGGAGAAUGAAAAAGAAGCGAUUGUCAAAACACCGCCCGUCAAAACUAUGACUGAAUCGGAGUUGUACAUCAAACUGCAUCUAGGCGUGCUGCAGAGCGUGCGGGCGGGCGCGCGGCCGCGCUGUGCGGCGGCGGUGAGCGCGCAGCACCUGGCCGCGCUCGCCGCGGACCUGCGCCAUCUCUGUCUCUCUCUCGCCGCCGCCUCCGAUACCAAGCAGGAGUGCCUAGAUCGCAUAGGGCAAGCAGUGCAAGUGGCCCUGGCCAAUGGCUGUGUGUACGGCAACAUCAGCAUCCUGCUCAGCGCACUGGAGACUUUGCCAGAGAACAGAUUGCUUCACCUUGUUAUACAAAAGCACAGACAGACCAUCUGACUGCCACUGUGAUACCAACUUGACACAUGAACAAAGGCCUUACUUAGUGCAUUAAUUGCAGCUAUAGGAAUAUUGUAAAGGCUUAAACGUCAUUGGUUGACUACUGUUUUAAACAUUGGUAUUUUACUUCAUUGAUCUGAAGCAUUUUUAAAUAAGGAAUGAUAAGACAACAUGUAAGCUGUAUGAGCUUGUGCCCUGGCUUUCAUGGACACAAAGAAAUACAAAAUACACAGAAUAAUUUUUGGAAAAUGGAUGCCUUGCCUGUUCUCGCAGCGUGACAGAGUUAUACAAAAAAGUAUAAUGAAAUAGGUAUAUAUUAUUUUUUUGUAAAUAGUUAUAGUUAUGGGUUAGGUAAAUGGGUAACAAUGUGAUGUACACUAAUAAAUAAUCAGUAAUAAAUAAAGAGAUGAAAAUGU